GAUCUCUCCACACCGUGACAUAAGGAAACUUUAGGCUAGUGGAGUGGAGGAUUGCAAAUAAGCUUUUAGGUCUGUAAUAAUUUACAAGGGCAGGGGCACAGGGUUGACAUUAAAGCCUGGAAUCAUGUAAACGAGUUUCCCUCUUCCAAGGUUCCCACUGCCCACCUCCUUUUGUGGGGCAUUGACUUUGAGGGAUAAAUCAUCUUCUGCUGCUUUGGAAGAGAAUCCAAAGACAUUUUAUCUUCAUUGGUGCUGCUGCCUUACAUGUCAAACAUAACUUUUUCUUUUCAAAGUCAAUUCAGUAGGUACUUCUCCUCUUUUGCUAUGUAGUGCUCUGCCAUCACCAUGCCUUAGGACAUCACAUGAAGCUGCUUUUUCAAACCGCCACAGCUUGCUCAUGCUUAAUUCUCAAGCUAUUUCUCUAUGAGUGGGACUUCGAUAUAAUAAGAUGCUGCUGAGCUACCAUUCACCUACAUUACCAUUACAUCAAAGGAGGGGAGCCCACAUUCUGGAACAAACAUUCUGGAAAGCAAACAUGUCAGUGGGUUCCAUCCAAUAAGUGUCUUUUCUGAAGAAUAUUUUGAUAGGGAGGAAUAUAAGGAAGUCAUUUGUCAACCCAACUCUCUGGUGUAGAUAUAUUAGUUGGUGAUUGCUGCGCUGCCUGGAAGAAGCCUGAAGGUGGUACUGUGAGAUCUUGAAUGCUUAGUGUUGGAGGAUCUCUUGGAUAACCUCUGAAACCUGUCAUACCUCAGUAUUAAAGUGCCAUACAAUGGUUUGCAUAUUAAGACUUCUUCCACUCCUGCCAUCUGUGCUGCAAUUUCUCCAUGUGCAACUUUUUUCCUAAGAUCUCAUCAAAUAAUGGAAUUUCAAUGGAGAACUGGAAUGCUUUAGUGGUGAAUAAAAGGAGUAUGAUAGACUCUCAAAAUGGAAACAGGCCAGCAAAGAAGAGGAGGACAAAUUUUCCAUCUCUGCAUGAGAAUUAUAUGAGCAUGGAUAAGUUGUCAUGGGGAGAAUUUCAUGAAGACUUAUUGGAGAGGGUGCUUGCAAGGUUGCCUGUAUCUAAGUUGUUCAGUUUCCGUUCAGUGUGCAAAAGAUGGAAUUCAAUAUUAGAUUCUCCAAGUUUUCUGGAUGCUUCUUCAGAGGUGCCAUUCCGAGCUCCAUGGUUCUACAUGGUAGAUUCAAAGUUUGAACAAGGGAUGGUGUAUGACACAGAAGUGUAUAAAUGGCACCACAUUAAAGUUCCACAUGUGCUUAGCAAAAAUGUGUCGAAGCCAAUAGCAUCUGCAGGAGGUCUAAUUUGUUUUGAGUCAGCUUAUGGCAAGUUCAUUGUUUGCAACCCUCUCACAGGACAGUGCCGCAAACUACCCAAUUUACACUUUACUGAGACAAUACAUGCAGUCACCAUGGUUGCAUAUAAAAAGUCUUACAAGGUAAUUGUCAUAUAUGGCAUUUUCCCUACCUUUGUGACUAAAGUCUAUGAUUCAUCAACCUGCAGAUGGAGUGAACCAUCUAUAUGCUGGAACAUGAAGGAAAAGUGUGGAACAUCAUGCUUGAAGCAAAAUAUGAGCAAUGAUGAUGGAAUUAUGUACUUCCUGAACAAAGGGGGUAAUAUUGUUGCUUCUGAUGUCCAGCGGAGUCCUUCAAAAGAGUAUUCUUCUAUCUUGACAUCAGCCAAUGGUGAAGAAGAAAUAGUCUAUUUUUUUAACAGAGGAGGUAAUGUAGUGGCCUGUAAUACUCACAAAGGCUUGUGGUAUGAGCUUCCUCCUUUAUCACAUCCAACGCUUGAGUACUCCCUAGACAUUGUGAAUUGUGGGGGGCGUAUGUUGGUUGUAGUACUCCUUGAUUUUUUGGAGAGUUCUACAGUGAGAAUAUGGGAAUUUGACGAGGCCAAUUCUGAAUGGAAGCAAGCUUUAGCAAUGCCUGUUUCGAUGUCUCAUCGAUACUUUGGAAUGAAAGCUGACCUCAACUGUACAGCUUAUGAUAACUUGAUGAUGAUUUGCAUAAGUUCUUGUGAAUUUAGCUGUCUAGUACUUUGUAAUAUUAUAGAAAACUCAUGGCUAGAGUUGCCUCUUUGUUCUCUGACUGGAGACUGUGAUAUCAAAAAGUUUGUAUCUGCCUUCCCAUUUGAACCAAGGCUGGAAGCCCCCGUUUGAUAUUGUUAAUGUCCAUCAGAGGGUUUAUUAUAACCUAUACAAAAUCUGUCAGUCUUGUGGAGCUUCAGAUUAUAAGCUACCAAGACUCAAAAUUAUGUGCAGAAAAUUAACACUUGUUUCCAAUCAAGUGCUAUGUGUUCUCAUCCAUUCUUUGAAUUCCAACUUCCUUCA